AUGGAGAGGUUUCUACGCUCCUGGAGGCAGGAUGCAUUGAACCGGGGUCAGCAUGAUUCUGCAAUCUACAUCGGUGACAAGGUGCUAGCACUGACUAACAGUGACUCCGACGCGUUCUGGUUAGCGCAAGUACAUUUCUCGAAUAAUAACUUCACACGCGCACUUGCACUCCUUUCUCGCAAAGAUCUUGUCUCGCGGAGCACUGCCUGUCGUUACCUUGCUGCCCACUCGUACAUCAAGCAGAACCAAUUUGAACAGGCCCUUACAAUUCUCGGAGAACAUAACCCGUCUGAUCUGAUUCGCAAUAAUCAUACACGGCGCAAGAUUCAGCACCAAAGCCAUGUAACCUUGCGCAAUGGCAAGAACACGACCCCGCGAAGCGAUCGAGCCGAGGAGCGCGAAAGGGAGGAUGCCAAUAAUGUACGAUUCGAAGCUGCGAUGUGUUAUCUGCGGGGACUAUGCUUUGCCAAACAGAAUGCCUUCGACCGGGCUAGGGAUUGCUACAAGGAUGCUGUGCGGAUUGAUGUGCAAUGUUUCGAAGCAUUCGAUCAACUCAUGAAGAAUUCAUUGAUGUCCCCUGCUGAAGAGCUGGAGUUCCUGGAAUCUCUGGACUUUGACUCUGUCUCCUCUCCCGAUCCGAUGAUGGCGCAAGAAGCCGCUCAUUUCACGAAGAUGCUGUACACAACCCGGCUAUCGAAAUACUCCUCCCCGAUCAUCCUCUCUGACGCUACCGAAACCCUAUCAACCCAUUACAAUCUGUCCGAAAACCCAGAUAUUCUUCUCUCUCGCGCCGAGGCGCUGUACACGCAAUGUCGAUUCGCGGAAGCGCUCGAGCUGACGUCCUCCAUCCUCUCCACCUCACAAUCUACCGACAUGGCCACUACAAAUUCUAGCGUACCAGCACAGACUCACUUGGGCCAUGCCCCGGCAAUAUACCCGCUCCAUCUGGCAUGUCUAUAUGAGACUGGUGCGACCAACGCGCUGUUCCUUCUAUCUCACAUGCUCGCGGAUCACUCACCGGAGGAACCUUACACCUAUUUGGCCAUCGGAGUUUACUAUCUAUCUGUGUCAAAAGUUGCGGAGGCGCGACGAUUCUUUUCCAAAGCCUCUCUGCUAGACCCUCAUUCUGCACCGGCAUGGAUCGGGUUUGCGCACACGUUCGCGGCUGAGGGUGAGCACGACCAAGCUAUUGCCGCUUAUAGUACCGCAGCUCGGCUUUUCCAGGGAAGCCACCUCCCCCAGCUUUUCCUGGGGAUGCAGCAUCUCGCGCUCAACAACAUGUCCCUAGCACACGAAUACCUAUGCGCCGCCUACUCGAUGUCUACCGGCGCUGCGCCAAACUCUGUACCAGCACUCCCGCCCACUCCAUCUGCAACCGCUGCCGCUGUUGGUGGGGACCCGCUAGUGCUCAACGAGCUUGGUGUCGUCUUUUAUCAUCAAAACCAAUUAGUCGGCGCUAUCGAACUAUUCCAGCAGGCUUUGGCCCUCGCUACUACUCUGCAUUGUGAACCCAGUGCAUGGGUCGCUACACGCGCAAACUUGGGCCAUGCAUUCCGUCGCAUGGGGCGAUUGUCCGAAGCCCUCCGCGAAUUUGAUGAAUGUCUACGCGUGGGGGCCGGUGGAAGUAGCAUGGGCUACUCACCAUUCUUGGGCGGUGGCUCUGGUAGCUCUACCGCCAUCGCAGCCUCUGGUGUUGGAGGAUACGAAGAUCGAGGGUUGAUUGGCUCGCUUCACACAUCCCGCGGUCUCAUUCUUCUGGAAAUGGGCCGUACUACUGACGCCGUGACGACCUUGCACGAGGCUGUGCGAGUCCUAGGAGCCAGUGGCGGCGGUGACGCUGCAGGCGGUGCGGGCGUGGCAGGAACGUUACUUUCACGAGCCCUUGAGCUCUGGGCCCUCGAAGGACGGCAGAAUGACCGUGCCAUGUUCGAAGCGAGCGUCCGAGAAUCCAGCGUGUCCUCCGCCAAGCGUCGAGGCACGUCACGGAGUCAUGAGUCUACAAGUAAAGGCAAAGAACGCCUCGCUAUGGAGUCCCGCCGUCGGCGUCAGGAGCCUGUGGAGGAAUGGACAGACGAGGUUCCCCAUGUCUCUACCCCGCAGGCUGUGGAAGACAAGGUCGAAAUGGACCUUGAUACCGAAGCCGACGGAAUGCUCCGACGAGCGCUUGGUCGUGUCCGACCCAAAUCACGACGUGUCCCCGCGACACCAGAGAUAGACACCGAGACACCGGCUCCCUCCAGUGGACGAAGUCGAAGCACCAGACAUGGGCGAAGUCAAUCCCGCCAAUGA